AUAGUUACUGUUGCUAUGGUAACUUUCACGAACAGUUACAGACUAGCCUGCGUGUUAGCAAGCGGCGGCUUCUCCGUUUUAUCUUCUCCUUUACACUAGCUAAUACAGUACCAUCUUAUAUUUAUUAAAAUGUCUUCGGUGUUACAGACUACAAACGGGCCUUCGAAUGGAUAUUACACAUUUUCGAGCCGUCCACAUGCCGUUCCUAACCGCCUCAGAUACACGGAUCCUGCGAUGGUGGAAAAUGAUGGACGACCAAUUUAUGGAAACAUUAUGUAUGAUCGACGUGUCGUUCGAGGAAAUACCUAUGCACAACACAUCCUGCCGGCUACGGCUCAGCCCGACCCAGUCGAGAUCCAACGGCAGCAAGAAGCGAUGCGACGAGCCGCAGCAAGAAAGGUCUCAAAAGAUAAGUUUCACACGAGAAGUUCAGACGCACUCAUGGACAGAAAGCAUGUGGAUGUUCAGACAGAAUUAUACUUGGAGGAGCUGAUUGAUCAUAUUGAGGAUGCCAGUGUGGAAUGCCAGACAGAUGCGUUUCUGGACAAGCCAGCAACACCGCUCUUUAUUCCUGCCAAAUCUGGCAAGGAUGCUGCGACACAGAUAGAAGACGGAGAGCUAUUUGACUUCGAUCUGGAGGUUGAGCCAGUGUUGCAGGUGUUGAUAGGAAAGACCAUGGAGCAGGCUUUGCUGGAGGUACUGGAGGAGGAAGAGCUGGCUGGGUUGAGGGCUCAACAGCGUGCAUUCCAAGAGUUGCGUAAUGCUGAGUUGGUAGAAGUUCAGAGGCUGGAGGAACAGGAGAGGCGCCACAGGGAGGAGAAGGCCCGGAGGAUUAAACAGCAAAGGUUGAUACUGAAGAAGGAAAUAGAAACAGCUGAGAAAAUCGCUGCGAGAACAUUCACUCAGCAUUAUCUGGCUGACCUGCUUCCCUCAGUCUAUUCCAAACUGAGAGACCAUGGGUAUUUCUAUGACCCAGUGCACAGAGAUAUAGAGACUGGAUUCCUUCCCUGGCUGAUGGCAGAAGUUAACAAUACUUUGGAAAAGCAAGAGGUUGCACGAACAGUGCUUGACAUGCUCAUCCAAGAUGUGACCGACCACAGACAGGAAGUCUUCAACUAUAAAUGAUGAUUUUCCAUCUCUAGAAAAAUCUCAGUAAAUCUCUAAGAAAUGGUAAAAAUAAAAAAAAUAAAAAAGAUAUCAUUAUAUAAACACAGUAUGUGUAAACACUUUAAUAAAAUACAUUUAUGAUACAA